UAACGUUUUUAUUGAGGAACAGGAUGGUAUUAGUAUUAGUAAAGAACAUGCAACUUUUCUGAUUCAACAGAAACGUCCAUCUGAAGAAGAAAACUUUUGGAAUAGUGUCAAGACUGAAAAAGAUCUAAUGGUAAAGGAGGAUAUUUUCGAUAAACAAUUACAAAUUGACGCGUUAAAUGUGCUUGAGGCUACUCUUAAGAUGGCAAAAGGAAAAGAAGUGGAUACAUCAUUUGGCGAUGAAGAAUUACCAUCAACUUCAUCAAAAAAG